AUGUCGUCUACCCAACCCCUGCUUGCGCAUGCGCCCGUUACUCUUCUUAGUACGACUACCAGCUCCGCCGUCCCGGUCGGCGCCCUCGCGGUCAUCGAGUGGUGCAUAUUUGAUGGGUAUACACACAAAGACGUUGUGGGUAUGUAUAAUGGCGCUGGCUAUGGUAGUGUCAGCACCAAAUACGGUAUAUCGUAUCAGCUAAGGAAGUGGGGCCCGCUGUGGUAUCAAGAGCAAGGCGCCGUCAAACCAUGGGAACUAUAUACGAGGAUUGAGAAAGAAGAUCUCAACAAAAGAGGACUGAGCGGCGAAGACUUCAAGUUUGUGCAUCCGCGGGAUCUGGAUGUAGUGGAUGGAAUUGUACACGUACGAGGGCAGCCGUGA